AUGGACAAUAAAAUGUUGAUUUAUGGCUACUCGUUUGUGUCAGCGGGUGGAGCGAUCAGUUGGAUGUCGAAGCUUCAGUUUGUGAUUGCUCUUUCCAUAAUCGAAUCUGAGUAUAUUGAGGUGACGAAGGUGUUUGAGGAAGGUGGUUUAACUCUAAAGAAGAUCCAUAUAAGCAUGAAUUCGAUCAACAUGCUUAUAAAGGUGGUUCCUAUAGAGAAGUUUAAGUUAUUGAACACUGAAAAUGCCGGUCGGCGUCAUGGGCUGGACAAAGCCCAUGACAAGGUUUCAGGUUCUAAAGAGAUUAGAGUAAUUCCGGCGGUUGAAGUAGCCCAGGUGAAAAAUGUUGUUCUGUGCCAGAGUGGAAGAGAAGAACUUCACAACGUUCCGGCCUUUCCAGAGAUUGACAUUGAAGUGAGCUCGAAGGUUAAACAAGUGGCCACGGAGAAUGUGGUUCAGCCCAUGGAAGAUCCUACAUUUGCCGUUUUGCGGAAGAAAUUGGUGAGGUUGGCGAGAGACGAGCCAGAGUUCAUUGCAGUUCAGAACACUUUCUUGAUUGGGUUCAGCGACCUUAUCACACAAAUAAACUUAGUUGGUAUUUAUCGUCAUUCAACGAUGGGUUCCGUUGCGAUCACACGGCUAAAAUCGUUCGACAAACAGAUAGAGAUCACAAAGAGGUAUAGGGGCUAUGCUAAUGUUUGUGGUGGAUGGCAUGGAUCAUCUAGAGAGGGUGUGAUUGGGAUAAUACUUUAUGGGUUCUGGAAUUGCGGUGAGCCAGUGGGUGGAUCGAGUUACGGCAACGGCAUUUAUCUCUCGCCUGAUGAACAUGCUCAUAUCAGUGCAUGCUACUCGGAGUUAGACAACAAUGGCAUACAACACAUGGUGUUUUGCCGAGCAAUUAUGGGAAAUAUGGAACAAGUUCGACAUGGAACCAAUCAAUACCAUCCCAGCUCUGAGAAUUUUGAUAGUGGCGUCGAUGAUCUUCAGGACCCAAAGCAUUAUGUCGUGUGGCCCACCCACAUGAAUACACACAUACAUCCUGAGUAUGUCGUCAGCUUCACACUGCCUCCUUCUGUCCGAGAGCAUUUGGCUGGGAAAAGAGAUGGUCAGGGCACUGUCGAUGUUGUGAUGAGAAGUGGUCAGCAGGUGAUCCUAGCCCUACAUCCUGAAACCAACGGCCAAAACACAGCCUCAGAACCGAAAUGGCCCACCUCAGGUUGGUUGCCGUUCACGAUGCUGUUCCACGCAAUUGAACAUCGCCUUUCGCCUUUCGUCAAAGACAUGCUGCUCUACAACUGUAACUUGUACAAGAGCAAGAGAAUUACUCGCAAGGAGAUGAUUCAGAAGAUGAGAAUGCUUGUUGGAGAUAAUCUAUUGCUAUCUACACUGAAGAGACUUCAGCUCAAAGUGUUUGAUGAAGGUGGUGUGACUCUAAAGAAGAUCCAUAUAAGCAUGAAUCCGAUCAACAUGCUUAUAAAGGUGGUUCCUAUAGAGAAGUUUAAGUUAUGUAUGACUUCUAUGGGCUUGGCGAAGACAUAA